UGUGAAGCGUGGUGAUUUCGGCGAGGUGGAUUGGGUUGUAUCGAAUCUCAAAUCUAUCGAGGUUUGGUUCUAUGAGACCGAAAUUGACAUGCCUUAAGGUAGAUGGUGAAGAUGGAGUCGUCGUUCUCGCCUCUGCCUCAUGGUGUGGAUCUUCGUUUUGUCUCUGGUCACGUGUUUCAUUGCAUUGGGAGCACCGGAGGAGGCUCUGGCCUUCUUCCUUCACUGGAUCUGAGCAACAACGGCUCCGUUCUCGGUACCUCGGUCCCUCCCUCUUAAGACCUGAUCGAGGUUUGGUCGGUUCAAAGGCUUCUAACGAGGCGUUAAAUUGUCGCUGA